UUGUUGUGUCUUUCAGGCUCCUCGGCGUCUUCAGCAUAUCCCAGUUUGUCCAGCAGAACCAGCAGCUCCACCAGCUGUCCCUCCUCCGCUCACAGAGACUCUGGCAGUGACAUAGAAAGCCUUCUCAAUGCAGACCCGGGAUAUGACGGCAUCUUCAGAAAGAACGACGAGCCGGUGACGGGCGGAGACAGCGCCAGCGAGGUUUCCGUCUCCUGCUCCUCCACCGACGACACCGCCAGCGUCGGCCCUCCCAGUUCAAGCCCGGAGGGGAGCCAGGGGCUGGGCUGCAGCUGGAGCCCAGAGGAGGGCACCAGGACGGCGGCGGCCAACGCCGGCGGCCCCGACAGUGGCAACAGCGGAGGGGGAGCUGGGGACGUGGAAGAGGAGGCCAAAGACCGAGUGACCGAGGUGCCGCGGCGCUCCUGCAUCCUCCGGAGCAGCAACCGCUCCCUGUCGCCCCUCCGCCGCCACAGCUGGGGCCCAGGAAAGAACAACGGAGGAGAGGCAGAGAUGAACCAGAGGAGUUCCAUUCGUAGCCCUGGUGAGGGGAAACCGGCCUUUCACAGGAGAAGUAUCAGCUGGUGUCCCCCCGAGGCUCUCUACAGCAGUGGUGUGGAAGUAGUUAAUUUCCACAGCUACAGCCUGGAGGGGCUCAGUGGGGGACGAGAUGAUCUGAGGGGCUCCACUGGCCAAGGGCCCCGUCUCCCGGAGCCCACGAGGAUGCCCCGGCAUGACAGCGAUGACAGGGGCUCCCUGGUUUCCCUCACAGAGGAGCAGGAGGAGCGGGAGGAGAAUGACAGACUGCACGAUCCCAAACUGAGGCGGUAUCGGCCUCUGCGGAACAGCUGCCCCUCCAUGAGCCUCCCCCUCACCAAGUCUGUGUCCAUGCUCGCCAUCAGCCAUAAAGACACCGAUGCGGUGGGACGCCUGAGACGUAAGAGGCGUAUUUCCUUCUCUUUCAACCUUUCCCCAAUCCUCACCAAGUCUAAGUCUCAGUUCAUUUUCGGGGAUUCCUCAUCCAGCGAUGAUGAGGAUAACCUGAGUAUGAGGUCUUUUUCUAGCCCCUCGGGGUCACUGGCAUACAGUAUAUCUGAGGAGGAGCCUGGGCCUCUGAGGAGCGACACUGAGGGAAAGAGCGGGACAAAAGUCAGCCGGACCUUCAGCUACCUCAAGAACAAGAUGUACAAAAAGACAAGGGAAAAGGAACGGGAUAAACGGGAGAAAGACAAAGAAGGCAAGGAAAAAGACAAGAAGACAUUGAAUGGUCACCUUUUCACACAAGUGGGAUCGAACCAGGUCUCCCAGUGCUCCCAGUGCAAUAAGGCUUUUAAUAACAAGGAGGUUUUCCUUUGCACAUACUGUAAUGCCUCCGUCCACAAGAGCUGCAGGGACAGCCUGCCCGUCUGUGCCAAGGUGAAGAUGAAGUUACCAAAACAGCAGCUCACAGCACAAGAUUCAAGCACCCUGCCUGCAGUCACGAUGAGGAACAAAUCCGGUGGGACGAGGGAACGCCCAUGGUCGGCCAUCUUGUCACCAGAGGACCACUCUUCCCUGAUGGUUUCGUCAGCGCGAAGACACACCGGCAUCAUGACUUUCCCCGGAAACAGCCUCUCUAAGAGCCUCUCAAUAAGUAACAUAGCUGGACCCGUGUUUGAUGAGAUGCCCAUUAAAGGCCUGCGGUAUCUCUCUCAAUCCACUGACUCGCUCAACAGAACCAACCAGGUUACAGAAUCCAUGGAGUCCCUCACCGAUGAAGGGACAGAAAUGAUGGACGGGCAGCUGAUGGGGGAGUUCGAGGCAGAGGUCAAAGAGCUGGAGGCGGACUCCUGGAGUUUGGGUGUGGAGCAGCAGUACCUGCAGCAGCUGGACAGAGAGCUGGUGAAGAGACAAGACGUCAUCUACGAGCUGAUGCAGACAGAAAUGCAUCACAUCCGGACGCUGCGCAUCAUGUCAGAAGUGUACAGCAAAGGCCUGCAGAACGAGGUGCAGCUGGAGCUCCAAACUCUUGAGAAGCUGUUCCCAGCCCUCGAUGAACUCCUGGAUAUCCACUCGCAGCUCCUCCUACGGCUCCUGGAGCGGAAGAAGGAGAGGCAGAUGGAAGGCUGGGAGGGAAGCUUCAUCAUCAACAGGAUAGGAGACAUCCUGCUCAGCCAGUUCUCGGGAUCCAUUGGUGACAGUAUGAAGAAGGCCUACGGAAGGUUCUGCAGCCGCCACAACGAAGCCGUCAACUUAUACAAAGACCUCUUGACCAAAGACAGACGCUUCAAGGCCUUUAUCAAAAAAAAGAUGAGUAGCAGCAUUGUGCGGAGGCUUGGCAUCCCAGAAUGCAUUCUGCUGGUGACCCAGAGGAUAACAAAGUACCCCGUGCUGAUACAGAGAAUGCUCCAGCAUGUAAAAGAGAGCGAGGAGGACUAUGACGACCUGGCAGAGGCGGUUCGGCUGGUGAAGGAGGUGAUCGCGGCGGUCGACAGCAAAGUGAACGAGCACGACAAGAGACGGCGGCUGAAAGAAUUUCAAAGCCGACUGGAUACCAAGUCCAUCAUGAUGAUGAAGAGCGGUCAGAUCUUUGCCAGGAAUGACCUGCUGAGGAGGAAGCUGAUCCACGACGGCCCGCUGCAGCUGAAGAACACACAGGGGAGACUAAAGGACGUCCAUGCUCUGCUCCUCUCAGACAUCUUGGUUUUCCUCCAGGAGAAAGACCAGAAAUAUGUCUUUGCUGUGCUGGACCAGCGCUCCACGGUUAUCUCCCUCCAGAAGCUGAUUGUUAGGGAGGUGGCUAACAAAGAGCGCGGCCUCUUCCUCAUCACUGCGGGCAUCGAGAAGCCGGAGAUGAUCGAAGUUCAGGCCAGCUCCAAGGACGAGCGCAACACCUGGAUGCAGCUCAUCCAGAACGCCAUGCAGUCCAUGGAUAAGGAUGAGGAUGAAGGGAUCCCCAGCGAGACUGAGGAUGACAAGAGACAAUUAGAAACCAAAGCCAAAGAAAUGAGAGAUAUGUUGAAGCAGAAGGAUACAGAGAUAAUGUCGCUGCUGGAGGAAAAGGUGCGGCUCUUCAGGGGGAUGUGGGAGGGCAUGAACCCAGGCGAAGAGGCCUGCCGGCAGGUUGAACCUUUCUUCAGGUCAGCCUGCAGCCAGGAGCCGCCCCAGGGGGCCUCCAUCAUGAAGGAUGCCCUGCAGGAAGUGGAGACGUUGCAGGGGCUGGUGAACAGCAGCCUGGGAGGUGCAAUGGCCAGCGUCCAUGAGGGAGGAGGUGCCGGACCGGUGUGUUUGCCCCGUCGGGCCGAGACCUUCGGAGGCUUCGACAGUCACCAGAUGCACAGCAGUAAGAGUGGGGACAGAGACGAGAGCGAGGACACCGCAGGAGAUCUGCGCAGGACAGAGUCAGACAGCGUUUUGAAAAAGGGAGGAAACGCCAACCUGCUGCAGCUGCUGAAGAGGAACAGUGAGCAGGUCCUCCACAGUGUCUCCAACCUGCACCUCCUGCUCAGCACUCUACAGGCGGUUGUCGUCCAGCAGGACAGUUACAUCGAGGACCAGCGGCAGGCCCUGAGCGAGCGCUCCUCCUCCUGUGCGUCUUUGUCGCGGCAGUCCUCGCGGCCCAGCUCGCUGAUUGAGCAGGAGAAGCAGCGCAGCCUGGAGAAACAGCGGCAGGAGCUGGCCUCCCUUCACAGACAACAGGCAGCUCACGCUGAGGAGAAGAGGAGGAGGGAGCGGGAGUGGGAGCACAGGGAGCAGUCGCUCACUCAAAGGGAGACUCUGGUGCACUUACAGGAGGAGGAGAUGCUGAAGCUGCACAAGGUGAUGGAGGAGGAGAAACAGGAGCUGCAGAGCAAGAAGGAGGAGUACCAGAAAGACCUGGAGAGGCUGCGAGACGCCCAGAGGAAGCUGGAGCGGGACCGGGACGCCAUGAGGCGGCAGCUCGACAAGAUGGAGGAGUUCCGCCUGUCUGAGAGGACUCCCUCUACCACGUCCGAUGAGUCGCUGUUCCUCGGCAGCUCCCAGUCCCUGGAGCUGGACCCACUAGAGCUCUCCUCCAUGUCCUCCGCCUCCCUGCCGAGGCUGCAGGCCCAGCGGUCCAAGCCCAAAGGAAAGGGCCUCAAUCCCUUCAGCUCGUCCUCCACCAACCUCAAGGCCAGCGAGGCCAACAACCAGAUCUCAAAGAGCUUCCUGCAGCUGGCCAAGAACAAAAGCAAAGACGGAAAGGAGAAGAAAAAGAAGAAGAGCAAGGGGGGGAGCGCGCAGACAGCAGGAGAGAGAAUGGUCGACAAAACCCCCAGAGACCGAACGCUUCUGCGCCUUUUCAUCUGCCGAGCUGCCAAUAAGAAACGAUUUAGGACCCUCAGCAUCUCCCUGAGCCGCCGGUGGAUGGAGAGAUCUACUUCUGCUGAGGGGCGCCGCUUUCUUCCUGCUCGUCAUCCCCACCGACCCCCGCCACGCCACCCCUCUGCGUACCGCGCAGGACUCUAGGGGGGCUGUUCCAGUCAACCCGAAAAAAAGGCUUUGGGUUAACUAGUUGUAUGACUGUACAUGCAGGAGAACGGCUCCGUGCUGGGAUUCUGCUGGGUUUUACCGCGUAACACCACUGCUUUUGACAUUUAAGGAUCCGGUUAUGUCGCGGAUGAUGGAAUCUGUGCGCUCGCAGUCUAAAAGUCCACCUCCUUUCUCCAAAGAAACGAUUAGAGUGUCUCUCACCGAAAAGCCCCCCUCAAAGUUAAGGGCCUCUCAGGUCCCACCGGCUUGGACGUCCCUGGAGUCCAGCGCAGGCCGUGAGUGGACCAAAGUGAGGCCUUCUCAAAGCGGUUCACUUUAAGACUGAAACCACAGAAGGGAGAUUCUUUGUUAUCCUAGCAACAUUUUUCUGUCUCUCUUCUUGUUUUCUUUUUUUAUUAUAAGGAAGCUCGGUGCCGUUUCAGCGCCGGGUUCCUUUUUUCACCCCAUACGCUGCUGAUCAGAUCCACCAUGAAGGAAACCAUCUGAAAAGCAGGCGGACUGAUUCGGGGGGGGGGGUUGAUUCAUCGUGGAUGUCUGCUGGGCGUCUUAACGGCUCGAUCUGCCUCCUCUUAGUGUGUUUCAGAGUAUUUGGAUGACGUCAAUGGGAUCCUUUCAUUAUUUCAUCUUUCACCUGAGCUCAGAGAUGUGGGCUUUCUUUAGUUUUUUAAUUCUAUGUAACUCUGCCGUGAGCACCUCUCUCUCUCUAGCCUUCAGCUCCAUUUAUGAAGUCUGUUGACACACCUGAAGCUUUAAAUUUGUGGAGGCAAAACAUCCGUAUUGUAAGUGAGGAAGAUGGUUCACUUAAACAUGUUUACACGUCCCACAUAGUGACUCCACCUGAGUCUGACCAUUUCAUGUUGUUCAGUGUUCUUUGGCACUUUGGUCCCAAACGCUGGUCCUUUCUGUCAAGGACAUCUUAGUAUUCAGCCAUUUCCCCCCCCUUUUUAAAAAAUCAAAAACAAGAAAGAUCCAAAGAGAGCUGAUUCGUUCAAAUACGCGUACAAAUGCUGCCAUUCUGUUUUUUUUUUAUUUUAUUUUAUACACAAAUCGAAAGACAAGGCUUUCAUGGAGUGUUUUCCAUUCGGAUUUGUCUUAAUGUUUUAGACCCACUGGGGUCACGUUUAGGGCCGCACAGCUACCUGCUGGACAGGUAGGAAAGAAAGAGGAACAAACCGUCCUCCUGCUAAAGCUAUGGAGAGACAAAAAGAAGAAGGAAAAAAGAGGGAGAGUUUGCUGCAACCGGCCGAGCAGCAUCACGGCGCCGCCUCCCCGCUGCCUCUUUUGUCUCCUGUUUUUUUGGAGUGCUUGUUUGUUAACUGCCUGUGUGGAGGCUUUGACUCCAUGUCCAGGCUGGUUUGUUAUAGUGUGUCUUGUAAGAGGCUUACGGGGUCUGCCAAUUAGUUGCUUCAUGUCCUUUGUUUAUGGCUCUGGUGUAAUCCUUUCAAAGAAUCGGUAAGAAAUGAGCUUUUUUCCCCUGCUUUUUUUUUUUCUUUUCCCUUCCUCUGUUGCUUUAGGUGUCCACGUGUUUCGACCACUAGGGAGCACUGCACCUAUAACUUAAAUAAAUUCCCUCCCCUCACACAACAGCAUUCAGAAAGUAUGGAAAUAUUUCUUAGUUGUUGGAGUUUAUUUUUGGUUGUUUUUUUGUUCUCUACCUGCUGUGAGAAAUUGACAUCUCUUUCCUGGGCGGGUCGUGGCUGCACAGAGAUAAUGUGAUGAGUGUGGGCUCUCACGCUCUGUGACAUUUUCCCCAUGGCAUUUGUAAUUGACUGAAGAAACAAAUAAGUUGUCAGAUCGUAAUUGGUUAUUCCAUGAAAAGCAGUGGCUUUGAUGUAGGGGGUGGGAAGAGGGGUUGGCGUGUGUGUGGGG